UGCUCUAUCAAUCCGUAAUAAAAUAUAUUGUUUGAAUCAAGUCAAUCAACAUUUCUUUUAAGACUGAUUUAUCCAUUUACCCCUCUAAUUCAAGAAGGCCUAUCUUAAUUAUUGUAACAAGAGUGAGCGAAGUAGCAGAUGGAAGGCGGUGGGUUAGAAGGAGAAGAGGCAGUGGGAAAUUGCCUUGGCAACUUGGUGGAUAAGGGCAGUAGGGACAGUCGCAAAUACUACUUGUCACGUAGAACUGUUUUGGAGAUGUUGAGAGACCGGGGUUACGAUGUUCCUCUCUCUGAAAUCAAUCUCUCUCUCCAAGACUUCCGAGCUAUUCACGGCCAAGACCCAGAUGUUGACCGACUCCGUAUCUCAGUUACUCAUCGAUCACACCCUUCUAAACGGAUAGUGGUAUUUUUCUGUGGGCCUGGCAUGAUUAAAGUUAAUGUCAUCCGUAGCAUUGCAACCCAAAUUGUUAAUAAAGAUAGCUUAUCUGGUCUGAUAUUGAUCCUACAAAAUCAAAUAACAAACCAGGCUCUAAAAGCUGUGGAUCUUUUCCCAUUCAAAGUGGAAUUAUUCCAGAUUAUGGUAAGUAUGGAACAAAGUCAUGCUUUUGAGGAUUGUAUAAUGCUUUUGAGGAGACAAUAUCGUCAUGAACAAAGUUUUAUGGGUUGUCUUUAUAGUUGUGAACACUAUCUUGAGACAUGGAAAAAGAAGAAAAAGAAGGAUUUGCAUAUUGUACUUGGAUUUGUCUUGGAAUCACAUCUUGGGCUGAUUAGAUGUUGAGUUAAUAGUAAAAGUCCAAGGAUCACUUAAAGAAACCUAAGGCAUCAUAGCUACAUUGUUAUGUGAUGUGAAUUCUGUUAUAGACUUGGUGAGUGGGAGAUUUCAACCCAGAGAAGAGCAGGCUCCCGCCAGAUACCAGCUCCAGACUACGGCUCCCUUGGAACCAGUAUGCUGCACAAUAUAGUCGGAAUAGUUCCAAUGUAACAGUGCAAUAUAAAAUACUCAAUGUAACAAGAUUUCCAGGAUUAAUAUAAAUUCAUUUCAUUCUGCAAUAUAGUUACAAUUACAGAAGCAUUCUGUUCUAAUUCAAAGUUACAAUAUUCAUUUCUAGAAAAUUACACAAACAACAAUCAACACCUUCCAAAACACACUCCUACAGUAGUUUCACCAAACCAACUAUUCAAACCACAGCUUUCGAGAGGCUGCAUUCUCCCUACCUAUUACUUUUUCCUCAAAAAACUCUCUUGCCAUACUUCCUUUCUGCAAGAUUAUAUCUACUCUCCCACUCCUUUGUCUCCUUUCUGCCAAUUAGGAUCUGCCACCUCAUCACUUGAAUUUCCCAGGAUCAAAUAUAAUUCCCUUGCUUCUGUCCUCUGCUGUUCCUGACUUGAACGAUUUUUCAAACUUGUUUGGUUGUCUUCCUUUCUUCCAGCUUGUCGGCCACAUGUCACUCUCCCUCUAUUAGUCUUCUUUUUGAUGUACACCUUCACCCUAACAUUGCCCCUCCCAUCAAGAGGCACUUUGUCCUCAAGGUGCAAAUUGGGAAAAAGGUGUUUGAGAUUAUUAUACAGCUCUCAUGAAUUCUCACAGUCCGACAGUCCUUGCCAUUUUGUCAGCAGCUCUAAGUCCCCCUGUUCGGAAUAUCUAUGUGCCAAAAUUGUUUCUGGUUGAGUUUGCAGCUCCAUUUCUUCACUGAGGCAGUCAGGUAAAGGCUGAGGCAGUAGAGCAGAUCCUAUCUACUGCUUCAACUGAGAAAUGUGAAAAACAGGGUGUAUUCUUGCAUUCUCAAGUGGUUUUAAUUCAUAAGCCACUGCACCUAUUUUUUUAAACACUUGAAAUGGUCCAUAAAAACGGGGGCUGAGUUUCUCAUUCGGACGAGAUGUCAAUGAACGAAAACGGUAUGGUUGUAACUUAAGGAAGACCCAAUCGCCUACUUGAAAUUCGAUGUCCCUUCGAUGUUUAUUGGUUGCCUUCCUUAUUCUCUCUUGAGCCAUGUGUAAAUUGCUUUUUAAUUCAUCCAAAAUUAAGUUCCUCUCUUUAAUCAUGGAAUUCACCUUUUCAAUCCUGGAUUCUUCUUCCACCCAUCUCAAAAGGGGAGGGGGAUCUCUCCCGUAGACGGUUUUAAACGGAGUCAUGUCAGUUGAACUAUGAAAUGACGUGUUGUACCAAUAUUCUGCCCAUGCUAACCACCGAGGCCAAUUUUUGGGCUGCCUUGAGCAAAAGCAGCGAAGGUACGUUUCUAAACUUCGAUUCACGAUUUCGGUUUGGCCAUCCGUCUAAGGAUGGUAGGCCGUACUAUAUUUUAAGAUAGUUCCAACAGCCCUGAAAAUUUCUGUCCAAAAAUGACUUAGAAAAAUACGAUCUCGGUCUGUAACUAUGCUUCGUGGGAACCCAUGGAGGCGAACCACCUCUUUGAUAAACACCUCUGCCACGUCUUUGGCAUUGAACGGGUGGCGUAGUGCGAUAAAAUGACCGUAUUUUGUUAAUCUAUCCAUGGUCACCAAAAUAACACUCUUUCUUUUGCCUUUGGAAGGCCUUCGAUGAAAUCCAUAGUUAAGUCCUCCCACUUAUUGGACGGAACGGGCAGUGGUUGUAGUAAGCCCGCUGGUGACAUUGCCUGAUAUUUCAUCCUUUGGCACGCAUCACAUUCUGCCACAAAGCUCUUAACAUCUUGCUUCAUACCCUCCCAAUACAAAAUAGAAUUUAGCCUUUUAUAGGUUCUAAAAGAACCAGAAUGUCCACCAUAAGAUGAUGAGUGAAACUCAGCAAUCAAAGAAGGAAUAAACCUGGAACAUUUUGGCACCACUAAUCUGCCUCUGUAUAGCAACUUGCCCCCUCUUAAAGAAUAGCCAACGUGGGAAGUAGGAUUGCUUAGCAAGUCUUGAAUAAUACCUUUUAAUUUUUUGUCAUUCUCCACUUCUUUUUGCAGGUCUUCAGCUUCUCCCAACUGAACUACUGUUACAGCUCCACAUUCGGAGACGAAUUUGGGGUUCCUUGAUAAGGCAUCUGCGGCCUUAUUUUCACAACCAGGAUGAUAUAUAAUUUCGAAAUCGAAUCCUAACAUUUUUACUAACCAUUUUUGCUGCUCAUGGCCAGUAAUCUUCUGCUCUGUCAGAAACUUCAAGCUCUUUUGGUCGGUUCGAAUUUUGAAAUGCCGCCAGAGAAGGUAAUGACGCCAUUUUUGGAAAGCUAGCACAAUUGCCAUUAAUUCUCUUUCGUACACAGAUUUGCUACGAUUCCUUAACGGAAGAGCUUUGCUUAAAUACGCAAUAGGUCGAUCGUCUUGCAUAAGUACAACCCCCAAUCCUGCUCCAGAUGCGUCUGUCUCGAUUACGAAUUGUUUAGAAAAGUUUGGGAUGGCCAAAAUAGGAGUAGAAACCAUGCCGACUUUAAGGGCAUCAAAAGCUUCUUGUGCUUCCAUUCCCCAAUGAAAAGCAUUUUUCUUUAAUAGUUUCGUUAAGGGUUCGGCGAUUUUUCCAUAACCCCUUACGAACCUCCGAUAGUAACCUGUCAAUCCCAAAAACCCCCUUAAAUCCCUCAAAUCACUUGGGACAGGCCAAGCCUCCAUAUCCUUUAUUUUUUUUGGGUUAGCUUCUACUCCUUGUUUUGAUACAAUGUGACCCAAAUAUUCAAUCCGAUUCUGUCCAAACGAGCAUUUCUUCCUGUUGAUCACUAGCCCAUGAUCCUGAAGUAGUUGCAAAAAAGCCCUCAAAUGCUCCAAAUGGUCUUGAAAUAUCCGACUGUAGAUCAAUAUGUCAUCAAAAAAAACUAGGACAAAUUCUGUAGAUGAGGCCUGAAAAUCUCGUUCAUCAAACUUUGAAAUGUGGCGGGGGCAUUGGUUAAUCCAAAUGGCAUGACCAAAAAUUCAUAGUGCCCUUCGUGGGUUCGAAAGGCUGUUUUUUCGACAUCAUCUUCACAAACUCUAAUUUGAUGGUAUUUAGACUUUAGGUCGAGUUUACUGAAUACCUUCGCACCCCCUAAUUCAUCCAAUAAUUCAUCAAUGGUGGGAAUCUGAAAUUUAUCCGGAACAGUGACAUGAUUGAGAGCUCGGUAGUCGACGCAGAACCGCCAACCCCCAUCCUUUUUCUGCACUAAAAUCAUCGGGUUGGAGAAAGGACUCACACUGGGUCGAACCAUCCCUACUGCCAACAUCUCUUUCACUAUUUUCUCAAUUUCAUUUUUCUGAAAAUACAGGUAAUGGUAGGGUCGUAGAUUCGGAGGUUGGGAGCCUGGUAAUAAUCGGAUAGCAUGGUCAUGAUUUCUUUGUAGUGGGAGCCCCUGAGGCUCCUGAAAUAGAGUUUCAAAUUGUUCCAAUAGCUCUUGAAUCUCUGGAGGUAUUGUAGGUUCUUCAGCCCUUUCGUGUUUUGCCAUUAUUCCCAAUUCAACCUAGAAUCCCUGUCCUCUGUCGCUUAGCAGUUUGCACAUGGUUUUGAGAGAAGAUUCCAGCCUAAGUAGAGAAGAAUCCCCCUUUAAUUCCACCCUUUUGCCAUCCCACCAAAAUUUCAUACAAAGAUUAUUCCAAUUGGUUUUGACCUCCCCCAAUUGUUUUAACCAUUCAACCCCAAGUAUGACAUCUACACCUCCUAAGGGAAAAGAAAGAAAAUUGAGCGACAUUGAGAGCCCCUGCAACCUUAAUUCGACUCUCUCACAACGACCCACCCUUCGAAUUUUUUGGUCGUCCCCAAGCACCACGGAGUAUUUAGCAGCCUAAACUUGUAAGCCCAACUCUUGCACCAAUUUAUCUGAGAGGAAAUUGUGAGUUGCGCCGCUGUCCACCAAAAUGACUACCCCUCUAUUGUUUAUUUCUCCCAAAAGUUUCAUUGUUUUAGGUGAAUCAAACCCCACCACUGAACUACUGUUCAAAUUGGCUUCUUCUUUCGAAAUUUCUACAGAAGAUCCUUCCUCUACAACCGUUUCCAAUUCUCCUCCCAUUUCUCCCUCAAUUUCUUUUUCUCCCUCUAUCAUAAUUCUCAAUUGACGGUAACGACAGCGAUGACCUGGGGCAAAUUUCUCAUCACAUCGGAAACAAAGCCCUUUUUCAACCUUAAGUCUGAAUUCUUUGUUUGAAAGUCGUCAAAAAUUGCUCUCUCGUCGAGGAAAUGAAGAAGACGCAACUGUGCUGGUUGCUGGACGCGAAUGAGUGUUGGUCUGUGUGGAAGGCUGAAUUGUUUUAUUAUAAAAAGUUGGGCGGGUCUCAAUUUGGGCUCUUGUUGGGCUGAAAUUUGGGUUAAGCGAUGGGUUGGUUGAGUCUUUGAGCUGGGUGCGAAAGGUUGUUUGGGCUGAGGUUGAGUUCGUUGGAAUAUUGGGUCUGGAGUUUGUGGCUAAAGAGUUUGGGUUGGGUGAGAUGAAAAUUGGGCUGGAAGGUGCUGGGUAUAUGGGUCGGGUCCCUUGCGUCUGUCCCCUGUUUAAGCUUCUUCCAAGACGUAGCACAUACCGUUCAUCAAUAAUCUGGUUCUUCUUCUCCACUUGUCGCGCCCUUGUCAUCAUCUCUGACAACGUCCGAGGAUGAAACAUCCUCACCUCCGAUCGAAUCUCCUCUGACAAGCCAUUCAUGAAUAUGACUUUCAUGGUGUCUUCAGAAAUAUCGUCAACGGUCGCUGAAAGCAACUCAAACCUGCUGCAAUAUUCUUGUACCAAUCCCGUUUGUCGGAGUGCAAACAACUCUUCCUCCACUGAGCGCUCAUCAGGUGGUGGGAAUCGUCCCAACAACUUUUGCUUGAACGCCUUCCAAUUGGUGAACGGUUGAUGCUUUUCGCGCCACUGCAACCAGUGCAAGGCAUCUCUUUCCAUACCGAUGCCGGUUGCCGUUUAACUUCUCCUGUUCCGUUAACCUAUUGACUUGGAAGUAGCACUCCACCUUGGAUACCCAAUCUAGCGCUCCAUCACCGCCGAAGAGAGGCAACUCUAGCCGCCUGUAUUGAAGAUCUCUUCUGCUAUCUCCCCCUCUUACUCUUUCCUCUCUCUCUUCUUCACUGGUUUCCCUUUCUCCCAUAUUCACCUUUUCAGUUCUUUCAGGGGAUGGUAUCGUUGGCGCCUCUGGUAGGUGCGUUUGCAUCGGUGAUGGAUUGGUUCCCAUUGGGGCCUUUCCCUUAUCGUUACUCUCUCGUGCCACGGAUGCUUCUCUCAUCUCUCUUAAGAAUUCUUUGAUGGUCUCUAUAUUGGAUUCCAUUUUUUCUAUCUUGGCAUGGCCGUCCUUCAACUCUGAUUGGAUGACCUCCAUUCCUUCCUUCACUGAGAUUAACUCUACCUCUAUUUUGUCCACCCUGGUCUCCAUCCGAGUCAUGCUCUGAUACCAGGAUGUUACAGACCUGGUGAGUGGGAGAUUUCAACCCAGAGAAAAGCAGGCUCCCGCCAGAUACCAGCUCCAGACUACGGCUCCCUUGAAACCAGUAUGCUGCACAAUAUAGUCGGAAUAGUUCCAAUGUAACAGUGCAAUAUAAAAUACUCAAUGUAACAAGAUUUCCAGGAUUAAUAUAAAUUCAUUUCAUUCUGCAA